GUUUCAGUCCUGAACCAUGAUUUGACAACUCAGUUGAUGCUGGAUCUGGUGUGUCGAGCAUUUUUUGGGGGAGGGAUCAUCCAAGCAAGCGUCACAGUGCUGGAUGCGCAUUACUCUCGCUGCCAAAGAGAAUUUGGUGCAGUGUAAACAAACCGACUGCGGUAUAAACUAGUGGCAGAACUAUGAGCGCUCACUUUGACAUUAGUCAAGGAUUUUGAAGCGUAAAAAUGUCCAUUUGAUCCGUCAGAUGGACCUCGGAGCUGACGCCUCGUUAACCACCACUUGAGCCCCGCGAUGAGCAACCAGAAGGAGGCGGGGGACACCACCACGAGCAGCAGCAGCAGUGCGCCCUCGCGGCUUGGCCGGCCGCCCUGCGAGCCUCUCCCCGGUCCGAAGACCAGUGUGUGCUCCCGCUCAUACUUCGUGGUGGUGAUGGUCUUCUUCCACGUCUACAUCAUCAAUGUGAUCGCCCUCCUCUUCUACGUGCACUACAGCAGCGGACAGGAGGACGCCAGGCCGGGUCCUCCUCGCGACAAGCAGAACCCACAGCCGCCGCGUCCGCCAUCGAAGGCACCGCUGCCGCGUGACAUUUUUCUCCCACGCAUCGAGGGCAUCCGAGUGGGACAUGUUCAGAAAGUGUCAUUAGUGCCUGGAAAAGUCCACGAAAUGAGAACUUUGAGUCUGAAACCUCUGCUCUUUGAGAUCCCUGGGUUCUUGUCAGAGGAUGAGUGUCGAAUUGUAAUGCAGCUGGCACAGCUGAAGGGUCUAAUGGAAAGUCAGUUAAUGGUGCAGGAUGGCCAGGAGGAGCUGGCCAAGGAGCUGGACCUCAGCCCAGUGGAGAUCUUCAACCUUCUCGAUAUUAACCAGGACGGACAGCUGCAGCUUCAUGAGAUACUGACUCAUUCCCGAGUGAGGGACGGUAUUUGGCUCACGCCAGAGAAUUUGCAAGAAAUCUAUGCCGGGCUCAAUGCAGACAAAGAUGGGAAUGGUUUGCUGAGUUUGGAAGAGUUCAGGCUCCUGAGUGGCGAUGCCUUCCAGCGCUUUCUGCUGCAACAGGGGGUUAAAAGGAGCCAGCUGGUGAGGAAUAGUAGGCACACUUGGCUAUACCAGGGAAAAGGAGCUCAUCAGGUCCUUCAAGAUAUUAAAAUAAGGGUGACUCGCCUGACACGUCUGCCGACAACAUUGGUGGACCUCAGUGAGCCGCUUCAGGUGGUCCGCUAUGAGAAGGGCGGGCACUAUCACGCCCAUCACGACAGCGGACCAUUCUACCCAGAAACCGCCUGCACUCACACGCGUCUGGCGGCAAACGCCUCCACCCCUUUCGAGACGUCCUGCAGGUACAUCACUGUUCUCUUCUACCUGAACUCUGUUGAGGGGGGCGGGGAGACCGCAUUCCCGGUGGCAGACAAUAGGACCUUUGAUGAAGUGUCUCUCAUUCAGAAUGAUGUCGAUCUCAUGGACACCAGAAGGAAUUGUGACAAGAGUAACCUAAGGGUGAAACCUACCAAAGGGAAAGCUGUGUUCUGGUACAACUACCUUUCAGACGGAAAAGGUUGGGUUGGCGAGCAGGAUGAAUAUGCUCUGCACGGAGGCUGUGUGGUCACCCACGGCACUAAGUGGGUCGCCAAUAAAUGGAUCAAUAUCGAUCCAGAUUACCAGCGUCAGGCUCGCUACGAGCAGCUGGUGUCCAAUCGGCCAGAUGAUGAGGUUGAUGAAGAUCUGACAUGGAAUUCCGAUAUCCAUCAAGAAUUGUAGCUCAGAAUGGAACCCCCUGCCCCCCUCUCCCCUGCACACAACCCGUUUGAUGACCGCAAAAUGUAUUCAGGGAAUGAGGUCAUGGUGGCUUUAUGCAACUUCUAAGGCACUUUUGUCAAGUUUUGCUUGAUAUCUAUUUAAUUGACUGUGUAUAGUUAGAUUCCCCCUUUUAGGAAUGUUGCACUAAAAAGUCAUCCAAAGGACCCUUUGCAUGGAAUAGCUCUACAUGUUUUGCUGUUGCACUUGACUGAGAUUGCCGAUGAAAACAUUUUAAGUAUUGCUACCACGACCAAAAAUAUACACACACCGUGUGACGCAUGUUGCCUUGUUUUUCUUGCUUGAAUCCUUUAUUUUUUUUUAUUGUAACACACGAGGCUCCUCUAUUUUUGUCAUUUUCUUUAUACAACUGCUCUGUGUUUCCGAUGUGUGAUCAAAUAUAAAAAUCAAGAUUCUA